CUCACUACACCGGACUGUCAUCCUCUGAGCGGCCGCCUGCAUCUCCAGCUGCUCUCCGCAGAGCUCCACUGCCGUUUCACCGGGUUUUACGCUUCACGGAUGUAGCAUGGAUCCUGUUUAAGGGCCAAACCGAACCGACAGCAAUUUCGUUUCUUAAAUUCUCUUAAAGCUCGUUCGGCUCAAGUCAGAAUAAUGAUGGAGUACUGGAGGCAGUGCGCGCUGUGGCUGAUCAACUGCAAGGUGCUCCCAGCGAGCCACCGGGUUACAUGGGAGUCCGCUCAGGUGUUCGACUUGGCGCAGACCCUCCGGGAUGGAGUCCUGCUUUGCCACCUGCUCAACAACCUGCGGCCCCAGUCCAUCAACCUGAAGGAGAUCAACCUCCGACCUCAAAUGUCACAGUUCCUUUGCCUGAAGAAUAUCAGGACUUUCCUGACGGCGUGCAGCGAGAUGUUCGGCAUGAAGAAAAGCGAGCUGUUCGAGGCCUUUGACCUUUUUGACGUCAGGGACUUUGGAAAGGUUAUGGACACACUAUCUAAACUCUCUCACACAGUGAUUGCACAACAAACUGGAAUCAGGCCUUUUCCUACAGAAGAGAGUGUUGAAGAUGAGGACAUCUACAACCACCUGGAGGACCUCAUAGAUGAGAACGGAGUGGAGGACGAGGAGGAUCUGUAUGACUGCGUGUACGAUGAUGAAGAUGGUGGGGAAAUCUAUGAGGAUCUGAUGAAGACAGAAGCCAUCCCUCCUCCGGCGUUCCAGAAGCAGGCGGAGAUUGACAUCAGGAGUUGCUGUUUAACAGAGAUCAAGCAGACAGAGGAGAAAUACACUGAGACCCUGGAGUCUAUAGAGAAGCACUUUAUGACGCCCCUCACCAUGUUUUUUACCGCCGCUGAGUUGGAGAAGGUGUUUGUGAAUAUUCCGGACUUGGUUAAAGUUCACAAGUGUUUACUUCUGGAAAUCCAAGACUCAGUCCACCAUAGAAGUGCCCAAAACCUUUACCAGAUCUUCAUCACUUUCAAAGAGAGAUUGUUGAUCUAUGGAAAAUACUGCAGCCAUGUAGAGACAGCCAUUGCCACCCUGGAUGACAUCUGCAAAAACAGAGAGGAUGUGCGCAUGAAGCUAGAGGAAUGUUCAAAGAGAGCCAACUACGGCAAAUUCACACUGAGGGAUCUGCUAGUGGUCCCAAUGCAGCGGGUUUUGAAGUAUCACCUCCUCCUGCAGGAGCUGGUGAAGCACACUCAUGAUGCCACUGACAAGAGUAAUCUACGGACGGCUUUAGAUGCCAUGAAGGACUUGGCUCAGUAUGUUAAUGAAGUCAAGAGAGACAAUGAGACGCUGCGAGAAAUAGAUCAGUAUCAGAAGUCCAUCGAAAACCUGAAUCAGCCUCUGAGUAACUACGGGAGACCCAAAGGUGACGGGGAGGUACGGGUGGCCUCGGUGGACAAACGAGCUAAACAGGACAGGCACAUCUUCCUGUUCGAUGCAGCCGUCAUUGUCUGUAAGCGGCGAGGAGACAACUAUGAAAUGAAAGAAGUGAUUGACCUGCACCUCUUCAAGAUCACCAACAACCCCACAUCAGACAAGGAGAACCGAAAGUGGUCCUACGGAUUCUACCUCACGCACAACCAGGGCCAGAGCGGCUUUGAGUUCUUCUUCAAGACCAAAGAGAUGAAAAAAAAGUGGCAGGACCAGUUUGGCAUGGCCAUAUCAAACAUUCAUCCUGAGAAUGCGAAUAACAACUUCCACGAGUUUCGCAUGCACACCUUCGAAAGAAUCACCUCCUGCAACUCUUGCCACAUGCUGCUGAGGGGCGUCUUUAACCAGGGCUAUUUGUGCUCCAAGUGUGGUUUAGGUGCUCAUAAAGAAUGCCUGGGUCGCUUUGGCUGCUGUGGAAAAACAGAUUCCGGCUCCGUCAGAACUCAGGGCAAAGAUCGAGAUCCAGGUCUGCCCAAGAUGCUGGUAAUCAGGAACUACUUUGGUGUGCCGAGCCCCACUUCUGGCCCAGCGCUCAGCAUCCAGACGGGUGACAUCAUUGAAUUAAUCUGCGCCGACAUUCACAGCCCCUGGUGGCAGGGCAAAAUCCUGUCGACGAAAGAGGUUGGCUUCUUUCCAAGCGACGCUGUGAAGCCUUGCCCAUGUGUCCCGAAGCCUGUCGAUUACUCCACUCAAUCAUGGUUUGCGGGUCCUAUGGAGAGGCUCCAGGCAGAGGCAGAACUCAUCAACAGGGUCAACAGCACCUACCUGGUCCGCCAUCGCAGCAGAGAGUACACCGAGUACGCCAUCAGCAUAAAGUACAACAACGACGUGAAGCACAUAAAGAUCCUGACCAAGGAGGGCUGCUUCCACAUUGCAGAGAACAAGAAGUUCAGGAGCAUAUUAGAGUUGAUUGAGUACUACAAACACCACUCCCUGAGGGAAGGUUUUAGGAGUCUGGACACCACACUGCAGUUUCCUUACCGGGAACCGGAGAACGCUGCUAUGCAUCGCCUCAACCGAUCAGGGGGAAACACCCCAUUGCUCUGCGGCCUCUCUCUUGUAACUCCUGCCGGCUACAGCUUUGUACCUCCUUCCUCUGCUCCCUUCUGGUCAGUGUUUACCCCCAAAGUGAUCGGUGUGGCGAUAGCGAGGUACGACUUCAGUUCACGUGACACUCGGGAGCUGUCGCUGCAGGAGGGAGACGUGGUUAAGAUCUACACCAAGUCAGGAGCCAAUGGCUGGUGGAGGGGUGAGGUCAACGGCAGGGUCGGCUGGUUUCCAUCCACAUACGUUGAAGAGGGUGAGGAGUGAAAGGUCCGAUAUGGGAAGAAGAGUAAGAUGAAAGAAGAACGGCAGUGGAGGAGUAAGCAAACUGAGCGCCUAACAGUGACAAACAGAGUGAGCUUCUGCACCGCUGCUCGCUCCAGUGUUACUUUUCAGAGCAAAGCAGAUGGAUUCACUCUCCUCCAUGGUGCCCUGUUGCCUAAAACCAUCCUGGAGGCCUUUGGGAGAGAAAAGGGCUAUAGUACAUUGCAGAUGCAAAGAUGCCCAAUCAUUUCUGGUUGACUCUGUGUGGCUAAGCGACUCCACCAACUAGCAGCUUGCCUGUCAGCGGGGCACAAGCCCUCGCCAGACACCCCCACCCUCUCCUUCCUUACUUCGUCCACCCAUCCAUAAUUCAUCCUUCGCUCCCUUCCUGUCUGCCCCAGCCAGCCGCAGACCCCCAACUCCCACCUGUUUCCACCUGCCAAGUCGGCCGUCGCCAAAACUGUCAGAAGCAGAUACUCAAACGCUGCUCUUCCAUUCAUGCGCUCAUCCGUCCAUCCAUUCAUCCAUCCGUCCUCCCCGCCACUCCAUGUGGGAAUAGAGUCAUGUGACAGCUGGAGGAGACCUACACUGUAAAGUUCUUUUUUCUUUCAUUCCCCGCUCACUCUGAAGGAAUUUCAGUCAGUUUUGACCUUGCCUGUGUGUUUGUUCCACUAAUGCAGGUGGUUAUUGAUGACUUGAUGACCCAGAUUCAUACACACACACACACCACCCACCUCUCCUCCCCCUCAGAUUAUCAUCGCCACACACUCACUCUUACAAGAGAUGUAAGAGAGGGAUGGCGUCGGAUAGCAUCGCUGCACAGUGCCAGCAAUUGAUCGCUGUUGUUCCUAUUUUCCUCCCACCUCCUACAUUCUUUAUCUCCAGCACAGCUUCUCAUGUUUUCAGUUGUCUUGGCCGUUGGCGAAUGGGGCUCUUGUUGACAGAGCUGCCGCCGAUAAGAGCAGAGGAUCGCUGAGAGUUUAUCUUAUUGGAGGCAUUAGCAGCUUGUCGCUGAGUCUGGAAGCCACCUGCCCUCUGAACCUGUAACAUAAGAGAAGCAGAUGAAACACAGACACAGUCCAGCUUUCUUCUCCUUAGCUUGCAGUCUCCCUUUCUUAGUUUUUUUUCAGCAUGCUUUGAAUUGUUGUUUCAGUUUUAUCAUAUAUUGAAGGCUGUAAAUCUAGAUUUGUGCUUUUACAGCUUUUUCCACAAAAGAAAUUUGCAUCACCUUAAUGAAGAUUUUGUGUCUUGUAACUGUAUAUGCAGCUCCAGGGAUAUCUUUUCAAGACUACAAUUUUGGUAUUCAAUUUAAAAAUGUUAGUUUUUAAAAGCGUUUUAAGUAUCAAUCAGCUUUGAGACCUUUCUGUGCAGCUUAUCUCCUGCUAACUGUCCUCCCUCUCACCUCCUCUCCCUUCUGCAUUUUAUCUUCACCUCUCAUUUACUUGGUGCACAAUGGCUCCUUAAUCCACAGUGAAAGAGGAUUUUCCCACAUUUAAAGGAAUAAUACCUUUAUAGGAAGACACGCUGCAUGACACACUAGUAAUGUCACAUUGACUGGAAAAGGAGGCAAAGAACACAGAUCCAAAGUAGUGAUCAACUGAAGUCUGGAGCUGAGAACUCCUCAGCUUUGUGCAGCGAUGUCGCUUUUCUCUUUCAUCGAGAGACUUUCUUUGCUGUAAAGCAAACAUCGUUGUUUUUUUGCAUAAUGGAAAUUUUACUGAGUUGAUGGUUAAUGAGCCAAUGGCAAGUGAUGUUCACACUACAUUACAAGUGACUAGUUCUCUACUGUCUUGAGUUUAAAGUUCUACAUUUCCUGCUUUCCUCCUCAGUUACACCUAUGCAUGACAUUUUUAAAAUCAUCCACGUCUUCAUUUUUAAGUCAUAAUUUAACAAGCCGUGUACAUAUAAUACAAUUAUAUCUGCCACUGAAACAUGCAAUGGGGUUGUUUGUUAUGGCACAGCAUUUCCUAGGUCACAAUUUAAGUGACUAUAUAGUGAAAUUAUGGUUAGACAUUGGGUUUUACGGCUUGUAUUAAAGUUUAAUCACUUGACAAGAUCAAAGAAGCCGUCAUGUGGCUAACUAGAGGAUCCUGCCUGGAAAGAGCCCUCUGAGCCGUCAUUCCAGUCAAAGCUACUUCCCCUCCCCUGUCAUGGUUUCCUUGUGUUGAUGCCACUGGGUAUUGUGCCGGAAAUACAUUUUGUGAAUUUAAGUGAGACUUUAUUGUAAAGAUAUGCUUUUGUAUGCACUUAAUGGAGCCAUUAUGUUUGAAAAUCAUUAAUAACCCCCUGCCAGCCCUGUCACUCCAUGCCUUUAUGAUAUAUGGCAAAGACUUUUUUGUUCUCGGUCACAUUGUUUAACCACUGGACUGAAGAAAUGUGUCAGAAUGAGCUGUAUUAAUGCACUUUUGCCUUGUGUCGUGUCCCUUUCCCAGUUUUCAUCUUGUCAACAGUGUCUUUAAGUGACCACUAGAUGGAAGCAUCCCAAACGCAGCACCUCUUCUCCGAGCACAAACCUUCAACUUGAUGAAGUUUGGAGAUGACAUCAUCUGAUUAGGAGCUGAACAUUGUUAUUAAAAAGCAGCAAACCUCAGGCUUGUUGCUGAGUGUGAGAGAAAGAACACAACUAAAUCAUCAGAGUGCAUGAGACUGAGGUUUUUCUAAAGCUGUCUCAUCAGACUGUAAAUAUCUGUUGAAAUGAUAUGGAAUAAUUUGUAGAAUAAGGUGCAGUUAUCACAAUAUCUGUACUGACUUUCACUUAAACUUCACAUCUUCAGGAAACUUUGAGUCCGGUAAGAACUCUCAGAGUUUCUGCUUCCCAAUAUGUCUGCAGUGACUGAACAGUCAAAACUUUAACUUAUGACAUCUUUAGAAAAUCUUAGAGAGAGCUAUGCUGCAGAAAAGGCACAAAUGUGAUCCAACACAAGCCUCUCUUCCAUCUUGGGAGAACUGGAGAGCCAGAGUGGGCUUCUUUAAUCGCAGACUCUGUAAUCCACUCCUUCUCUCCCUCCUCCGCCCAGAUGAACUCUGACAGCGGAGCCAUUUACAACUGCAGGCCGCCUUCUCCACCAAGUGCGCUUCCAGAUUUUUUUGUGCGCAGGAGGGACGGGAGGAAGGCUCAAGGGUAUCUGUGAUCUAAUCAUUACACCAUCUCCUCACCUCAGCGACCCCGCUGCAUUCAUCUCUCUGUCGGCUCCCCUCUCUCCGUGUCACUUCCCUCCUCUCUCUCUCUUUACUGCUCUCUUUCCCCAUCUAUCUUUCAUCCAAUCUCUGUCUUCUCGGUUUCUCUCUGUAUUCUGUCCCUCACCCUGAUGCUCUGUAGGCUGUAGCCGUCCCCGCUGUAUGCUGGCGGAAGGAAAAUGGAAGAUCCAGUAUUAUUGGGAAAGGAAGGAGAGCGGUGCCCUGUAUCUCUAGACAAGCACAGCAAAAUGAGGACUGGUUUAAUUUUACCACAAAUUAAUAGACUGGGAGAAAUGAUGCCAAUUACAGAAUGAAAUACAAUUUGCUCGCACCACUGUUAUCUCCUCACGUACAGUGUGUGCACAGAUUAUGUCCGUGUGCGUAGGCACAUCCUACCUACAUGAGGAAAAGCAUCUCGCCAGGAUUCAGGGCUGCACUGAACAAACAGCAGUCACUCACACAUGAAGGAAACAUGCCAUAAUCAUACACUCCUGUCAUUUAUUUUGCUGUCAGCGCUCCGUCUUGACUGAAGUUUGCAUCCAUGUCAGUGUUUUGUUAUCCCAAUGAAGCCAAAGAUGUACGCUGUACUUACUGUACGCUCAGUGUUAUAUCUCAUAACCACGGUACCCGACCGCUGUGGCCUAACUCUAAAACCGUGCAAUCCUGACUGUGUAGCAUAACCCUGUAUUUUUGCUGUAUCAUACUGUAAAUGAUGUACAUAGCACAUAAUAAACAUAUACACUGCUUCUUCUAA